AUGGAUGCUGCAGAUCGCGGUAUGUUGAUGCAUAAGUUGGCUGAUUUGAUGGAGCGCGACAAAGUUUUCCUCGCUUCACUCGAAACACUCGAUAACGGGAAACCGUACUGGGAAUCGUUCUUCGUUGAUGUACCCUUGGCAAUCAAUUGUAUUAGGUAA